AUGGAACGCAUUCUCCAUUCUCGUACAACGACUUCGUCCCAGAUGACGCCUCUUGAGUAUAUCCUCACGGAAAUCCUUGACGCCUCGUCCAGCCAUUUGCCUUAUUGCUCAUUCUUUGACAAAUGCGGUGUUACCCAAGCCUACGAGAUAAUCUCUCUCUCCGAAAACGACUUUGAAACGACAACGUUCUUCACGUCUCCUGAACCCGUAACUGAUGAAACUGUCCCUGUUGCUACCACCCUCAACAAGGUGCAACGCAAUAAAUUGUCUAAAAUCAUCUCUUGGUUUAACCACCAAGGUGAUGAUGUCUCUGACGAAACUUGGUACGCCUUGACCGCCAACACCCUGCGUUACUGGAAACCUGCCGUCUCGAAGGCCCCAACCAUUCCCGACACCGUCUCCCGUACUACUGAGAGCCCCAGUUCGAAAUUUCGUAAGGGCAUCAAAAACCACCCUGUCACGUAUGCGAAAUUCCAUGAAGACCGUUUUUGGACCAAUUGGGAUACUAAUAUCCGUAUCAUGCUCCGUGUUCAAGGCGCACCCAACGUCCUCAAUUCGAAAGAUGUCCCCAUUACCGAAGCUGAAAUUGAAGUGUUUACCGAUCAACAGACAUAUGUUUUCGGUAUUUUCAAUGAAACCGUUCUCACGACGCAAGGCCGUGAUAUCAUCAAGCGGCACUCCGAUGCGCUCGACGCCCAAGCCGUCUAUUGUGACCUUGUCGCAGUAUACAGUCACGGCAUAAACGCCAAGCUCUCUGCCUCAAACCUCUCUGCCAAGUUGACCAACUACCACCAUGACACGCAUUACAACCGUUCCGACACCGAACAAACUCUCGACAAUGCCUACUCUCUGCUCUUGUACCGUCCCAUCCAAAUUGAUGACAAAACCAAGCAACGUUCCGUCCCGUCCAACCGUUCCGCAAACUCUGCAAAUUCGCAAACCUCCGGUAAACCACCGGCUUCCUCGGGGAAAAAGCAUUCCAACUACAUUCCUAAGGAUAAAUGGGAUGCCAUGACCAGCUCCGAAAAGGCUGCCAUUUACCGUACACGUGACAGUGCCGAAUUCCCUGCCACGACGGGCACCGACCCUACAGUCGUGCCCACCCCGCGUCCUCCCACUGCGCCGACUUAUGCCAAUGUUGCUGCUCAAUUUUGUUACGUAGUACAACCAAUGUACGUGCGGAAGACAGGAAUAACGCGAUGUUGA